AGGUGGAUUCUCACAUAUGAGAGACCUAGACCAGUAAAGUGGUGUAGUAUGUAGUGUAGUAGGCAAAUUACUUAAUCAGGCGAACGCUUUACUCGUCUCGUUAAAUUGUAAUUACCUCUUUGUUACGCUUAAUUAAUAAAAAGAUAUAACUUAAGUCGUUUCAUUUCGUCAUAAUGAAGACUGUGUUGUGUAUUUUUCUUCUAAGAAUAUACGUUAUUGAAAGUAGGGUGUUUUGCCAAGAUAACCACGCAUCCCCAUGGCAACCUCUCGGAUUUUCAUGCCCUUUAAACUGCGGGAACAUUAUCACAGCUGUAAAAAGGUUGAAAAUAUAUGAUUACAAAACAAUGUUUAUGACUAAUUUACGAAAUUAUGAAAAUAGAACAACACGCGAGAGUGUGACAGAAAUACAUGCGGAAACAUUAACAAAUGACAUAUUUAGUCGCCCCGUAAGAAGAAAUUUCAAUUUUGUUCACGGCAAUUCCUACAAAAACAAUAAAAUAUUUAAAGAUAAAAAGUUUUUAACACGUUUAAAAGUUGCUAUGAAAAUGGCGCUCAGCGGAAAUGACGUAAAAUGUCCUCCAGAAGUAAAUAGCGACAAUUUGAAAAACAUAUCAAAUUGUCGAAGAAAGUAUGAUCAUGACGAUUUCAUAAAGAAAUUUACCAAUUUAUUGAAUAAAUAUACCCAUUCUGAAUAUCAGUUUACGGAGGAGAUGACUAGCAUGAUCCUAGAAAAGAUUCUGGGCACGAAUAUGGACCUUCGACAUGGAUUAUUUAAUGUGAAACGAAUUUUAACGUACCUAAGCAAAGCUAUACAAUACCAUAGAACACAUAUAAAGCCAGACGUAGUAAUUAGACUGAAGUCUAGACAUUGUUUAUCGAUAUCUGUAGCCGGAUGUUAUUGCAACAAUGGAUUCGUAGAAAACUCAGGACAAUGCGUACAACCUUCAGACUGUGUGCAAAAACAUGAUUCGGAUUAUUUGGCAAGAAUAAUAUUAAUGUAAAUGUCAUAAAAAAUAAAUCUGUUUACUGUC